UGGGCGCCAGGGGCUCAGUGUGUCUCUCAGGAGCUCAGUGAGAGGUUAGCGUCAGGACAGGCUGCUAGUGUCAGUGAGAGGUUAGCGUCAGGACAGGCUGCUAGUGUCAGUGAGAGGUUAGCCUUCAGGACAGGCUGCUAGUGUCAGUGAGAGGUUAGCGUCAGGACAGGCUGCUAGUGUCAGUGAGAGGUUAGCGUCAGGACAGGCUGCUAGUGUCAGUGAGAGGUUAGCGUCAGGACAGGCUGCUAGUGUCAGUGAGAGGUUAGCCUUCAGGACAGGCUGCUAGUGUCAGUGAGAGGUUAGUGGUUGGUUAGUUAGCAUCCCGGCACGGCCAUCAGGACUGUUAGGAUGACUGCUGCAGCUGCCUGCUCCACACAGGAACCCACCGACACAGGACACACCGAGGCAUAUGAGUGGGCGUUGGAGGGGAUGCGCCACUUGGCCAGCAUCAGCAUGGAGGACUGCACAGUGCCUGACAAGUGCCAGGGGGUGAUCAGCUGUCUGGAGGGGUACCGCCGGCAGCACCCUCCUAUCCCCGACCCCUGCUUCCAGGAGAUGAAGGAGCUGGCUGGGGAGGUGAAGAGUGAGCAGGGCCUCAAACAGUGGAAGUUCGCCUGGUCCAAGUGCCAGGAGACCAAGCAGAUGUUUGAGAAGAAGCUGGAGGCCGCCCUGAGGACGAGGCGAGCCCUGCCCGCGGGAGAGUCACCCGGGUCGGGUACAACAGGCACAGGGAAGGGCAGCGGGGCAGGGGACGCCACCCCCAGACGCUACUCUGACGGUAACAGCCGUGGAGGCAAGGGACACGAGAGGAGCAGCAGUGUGUCAUAUGUCUGUAGAAAGGCCUUUAGUGGGGUGUGGGGGGGCAGAGAGAGACUCUCCUCCACUUCCAGCUCUGCCUCAGCUCAGUCAGCCUGCAGCCCCAGACAGGAGACCGGAGGAGGGGACAGAGAGGGGCCCUACGGUCUGGAGCACAAGCUCCCCCUCACCCCCCACCACACCCCGCUCCACACCCCCCUCUCCACCCAACGCCUCACCCGUAGCACUUCCUCCGAGGAGUCGUCCCACCGGGCCCGUAUGGAGGCUCAGGGCCGUACCUCCUCCUGCUCCUUCUCCCCCUCCCUGCCCCCCCUGGAGCCAAGCUCCGCCCUUAACCCUGCUCGCCGACCCCCGCUCCGCAAGACCCAGAGCUUCGACUGCCAGAGCCCUGCCCCCGCCACCCCUGACUCCUCCCGCUAUGGGACCUGCCAGCGUACGUUGAGCGAGCCAGCGCGGCGCGGGAACACUGGGGUGUUUAUUAAAGGCCUGGAGGUCAGUAGUAGGGAGGUGGCCGAACGACCCUACUCCCCCAGAAUGACGCCACCUGGCUGGGCAGCAGGAGAGGCACUGAAGACCCCCCCCACCAGCACUACCAGUAGUCCGGCACCAGAGCCCCGCGCCAAGGGCAGUAAACUGCGUCACAUCGUGGAUGAGAUGGUGACCACGGAGAGAGAUUACGUGCGUUCCCUCCGUUACAUCAUCGAGCACUACUUCCCCGAGAUGGAGAGAGGAGACCUCCCGCAGGACCUCAGGGGAAAACGGAGCGUCAUCUUUGGGAACCUGGAGAAACUAAUGGACUUCCACAGCCAGUACUUCCUCAAGGAGUUAGAGAGCUGCUGUAAUCACCCUCUGAGGGUGUCCCACUGCUUCCUACGACACCAGGACGCGUUUGGCCUGUACGCUCUGUACAGUAAGAACAAGCCCAGGUCUGAUACGCUGUUGGCCAGCCACGGAAACAGCUUCUUCAGGAACAAGCAGCUGGAGCUGGGAGAUAAGAUGGACCUGGCCUCCUACCUGUUAAAGCCCAUCCAGAGAAUGUCUAAAUACGCUCUACUCCUGAAGGACCUGAUCAAGGAGGUGAGCGAGGCACAGGAGACAGAGCUGGCCCACCUUCAGGCCGCUGCAGAGAUGGUCAAGUUCCAGCUGCGUCACGGCAACGACCUGCUCGCCAUGGACGCCAUCCGAGACUGUGACGUGAAUCUGAAGGAGCAGGGUCAGUUGGUCCGACAGGAUGAGUUCUGGGUCUGGUACGGCAGGAAGAAGUGUCAGCGCCAUGUGUUCCUGUUUGAAGACCUGGUGCUGUUCAGUAAACCCAAACGCAUCGAAGGAGGACUGGACGUUUACAUCUACAAACACUCCUUUAAGACGGCGGAUGUGGGGAUGACCGAGAUGUCUGGGGACAACGGUCUUCGUUUCGAGGUGUGGUUCAGACGCAGGACCAGUAAGAACCAGACGUACGUUCUGCAGGCCUCCAACACAGACAUCAAACAUGCCUGGACCUCCAACAUCGCACGUAUCCUCUGGCAGCAGGCUACACGGAAUAAAGAGAUCCGUAAUCAGGAGAUGGUUUCCAUGGGAGUAGGUAACAAGCCGUUCCUGGACAUUAAACCCAGUGAUUCUGCCAUCAACGACAGGGCUAUAGACUACAUCAUGAAGGGACGAGGUGCCAGAACGCGAGCCUCCAUUGCUGUGUCCCUGUUCGAUCACUCCAACCCCUUCAAACGUACAGCGUCGAGUAGCGGGGGGUCUGGCGGCGGGGCCCCUGCUGCGUCGGGCUCCUGCACUCUCCUGGGGCCCCUCAACCUGCACAUGUACAGCAGCCAGAGCCAGGCCCUGCUGCCCGGGGGGGAGAGGCCCUUCAUCAGCCCAUGUAUAGAGGAGGAGGAGCUGGAGCACGAGACCAGCAGCCAGCCCUCCAUGACUACUGAGAGCUCUGGCUCGUCGUCCCACUGUCUGUCCGCCAGCGGCUCCAGUGGUUCAGACAGUGGCUGUGUGUCCAGCCACCUCCCUGAGGCCUGUCUAUCUGAGGAUCCCUCGUUCCCCUGCCACCCCCCGUCCUCCUGCUACCCGUCCUCCGACGCCGUCACCUCCCCCAGCCUCCCCCAAGACGAGCCCCGCUACAGCAACAGACAGUACAUUUCAGCCAAAGUAGCUCAGAUCAUAGGCCCUUCCACUAUAGUGUGAUUCCUGACUGGAACCCUGCUUGGAGUCUAAUAUCCAGCUGCUUCCAUCCAGAAAGACACUGUUAACACGCGAAGGAAGACUGACGAGUAUUUAUUUUUUCUCGCGCUGCCAGCAACAACUCUCAUCUCACAUGGACGCCGAAAAGACCUGGGACAUAGCACUGUUUUGAAAAAGAAAAGCCACUUUUGAGCAUAACUUUUAUAUUGUAAAAAAAAAAAAAAAGUUGAUUUAAAUAUUGUUAUAUUUUUCUUUCCAAAAGUACUGGUGGGUGCAGUAGUUUGUUCUGUUCUAUAUUGGUUACUCUGUAAAUAAUGAUUGGAAUAGUUUCCAGUGAAGAUAUGAACGCUUGAUUGCUUUAUCUUCUUCCUCUUGUCUUGUUGACCACUUUUUCUCCAGACUGCAACUUCUGAAACACCUGAUGAUUGAUGAUAUACCUUGGGAUGAAAAGGCUAGUUCUGAAUCAGGCAGGAGUAUGUCAGGAUACGUGUACUCUUCAAAGGUCCAAAUCAACAUGCUUUUUCAAAAGGCAGCAUUCUGGUACCACUCUUUUACAUUGUCUUCACAUAAUGUCUGUUCUUUCGUUUCUGAAUUGACCUGUGGUCAGAUUCCUCCAUCUUGUUUUACCGUGGUGGUGUUGCCACUUCCUUAGUGCCUCCUGUAGCUGGUCAGGUCUGACUGGGGGUGCGUCCCAAAUGCCACCCUAUUCCCUAUAUAGUGCACUACUUUAGACCAGAGACCUAUGGCCAAAAGCUCGGGUCAAAAGUAGUGCACUAUAUAGGGAAUAGGGUGCCAUUUGGGUCAGUUCCCUGACAGGUCAGAGCCAGUGGGUCUGAGAGGCUGACGUCUCUCCUGGUGGUGGAUCUGUCCUCUCAGCUGGGUGACUUGGGGCUGGUGUGCUGUAGACGGGGACAGGGAGAACGGUCCACACUGAGAGGACAGAUACUAUCAGCUACAGAGUUUCAAAUGCAAAACCUUUUUUCUUGUUGUUCAUAAAAAGAAAACACCAAAAUGUACUUUGUCUGUAAAUAUUUGCGCCAGUGGUGCUCUGUGGUUGUAGCAUUGUGUAUGAGAAAGCAGAGGAAGAUUGUGAUAACGUUGUACAUGUAUGUAUUAACCAGCAGAAAGCAGCGGGGGAAUCGCUCAAGUGCCAUUCUCAAACAAACACAUGACAAAAUGACUUUCCACUGGUUGAAGCUGGAGCAUGAAUGUGGACUCAACUGUCAUAUUUCUUCAUCCUAACAAGUUCACACAUUUAAUAAAGAUGGAUUGCUUUGUAUCCAGAA